UUUUAAUACUUUCAACACUACUAUAUAACAAAUAAUUUGAGAAAGCAAGACAAUGUCAAUGUUUUUCUUGGUAACCUUACUCUCGAUCAUUUCAUUGUUAUCUGCUCGGGAAUGUUGGGAUGCCAAGGAUAGAGCAAACAAAGGAUCAGGAUACGAUGGGACUCAAUCUAGAACAAGAUUAGGUUACACAUGUCAGAAUUGGAAAUCAAAUGAAGUCCACAAAUCAAAAAUUAAGAAAACGUAUGGUAUCGGAGAUAACAACUAUUGUCGAAAUCCAGAGAGGAAGUACAGCGAUGUUUGGUGCUAUACAACAAACCCCAGUGUAAGAUAUGACUGGUGUGACGUACCCACUUGUUCGACAGAAGCUUGCGACUGUACCAAUGUCAAUGAAGAGGACUUCAAGGCAACCGACAUCAAGUACGAUAUUGAUAAUGGCAUCGUUUCCGCAGCUCGGCCUGAUGUUGUUCUCGAAAAGGACCUGAGAAAUGGAGGCAGCACAGAUUUGACAGUCCUGUAUGUGCGAACUGUUGAGGUUUCUGAAACGAUGGAGUUCUCUCGUACUACGGGUGCUUCAGUCACACUCGGCACAUCAUUCGAGAUUGGAGUUCCUGGGAUAGCAUCUGGUUCGAUUUCAUCUGAGAUAAGUGCAUCUAUGGAGUUCAGUGCAGGGGAGUCAAGUACUGUUACAAAGACGGUGAGCGUGGAGUUACCUUGCACCGCCCCACCCAACAAGAAGGCCGUGUGUAAAGCGGUGAUGACAAAGGACAGAGUUGAAGUUCCUUACGUGAUGACUUGGUCACACAAAAGACUGAACAGCUGCACUUGCAAAGAGGAGGGUGUGUUUAAAGAGGUGGUGGGGAAUAGAUAUGAUAUAGAGCAACAUGAGUGGGACUACGAUCAACCAAAUAUUGUCCAAGCCAAGCGUGAGGAAAUCUCCGGGGGAUUCGAAAAUUACAAACGUGAAUAAUAAAAGUACGGAUGACUGGAGCGUUUAAGGACAAGGAAUCAUGUAGAUUAGAAGAUUACAUUAUAUAUUAUUUUUAACUCAAACACAAAUGUGCGAUAUUGGAUAUCUUUAAAAUUUAAUUUCAUGUUUGAUUAAUUAUUCAUUCCUUGA